AUGGAUGGAGAUAAUCAAUCAGUUAUCCCGGCAAGUGGUUCAUGGAGAAAACUAGCAUUGGUGACAGGGAAAAGAUAUAAAAAGAAUUUAAUUUCAUUCGAAAGACUACUAGAUAGAACCAUAGAUAAUAUAUCAACUGCUACUCAAUCAAAUAUUUCAAACCAAAUUUUAAUAUCAGAUACAUCAACAAAAAGAGAUGUUUGUAGAGUUGUACAGGUUAAAAAAUCAGAAAAAACUUCAAUUGAAAGCAAACCACUCGUAACAGUUGUAAAAGAGUUUAUACAAGAAUCAACAUUUAAAUCAUUAUCAUGGUUUAACGAUUCAAUGAUUGCAGGUUCAAUAGAUGGCCAAAUAUUUUACUAUCAAAAUAACCCAAAUUCAACAGACGAUCCUGAAUUAAGAGAAACAUUUAUACACACAAAACUUAAAGGUAUUAAAGAGGUAUCUCAAACUAUUGGUUCAACAGGUUUUAAUACAGUAGUUAAAUCAGUAUCAAUUAAUAAAUUGAAUCCAGAAACAUUUUCAUCGUUAGAGAAUAACUACUAUCAUAUUUGGGAUUUCUCGGAUGCAGUUCGUCCAACUAUUUCAUAUAAAGUUUCAGAUCAACCAAUUUAUUGUUCAAAAUGGUCACCACAUUCAAAAAACUACUCAUUAAUUGGUGGUUCUGAAAAUUCCAUAAGAAUAACAGAUACUAGAUUAAUGAGUAGCUAUGGUACAACUAGAAAAUCACCAACUGUUUGGAGCAACCAUUUAUCGGCCAAUUCAACCAAUACAUCAUCAUUACUCUCAACUGUUUCUGUUAAAAAUGUCGCAUGGCAUCCAUUUGUACCCUAUUGGUUCGCAUCAGCAAGCGAUAAUGGUGAAAUUUCAAUGUGGGAUCUUCGUUCAACUGCCGAGCCAAUUAUUAGUUUCUUUGGUCAUUCAAGUUCAAUUUCAAAUAUCGACUGGUGUCCUACUCAUAGCGAACUAUUGGUUAGUUCGGGUAUCGAUGGUGAAUAUAAAAUGUGGAGUCUCAUGAAUGAACCACACUACAACCUAUUUCAAAAGGAUGAAGUAUCACCUUUUAUUUACUCUGGUUUCUUUGAAAAUGAUGGUUAUAAUAAUUUUGGUGUUAAUCAAGCCGGUGAAAUUUACUAUGCAGAUAUCAAUCCUAAAUUUAUGAAUCCAAUUAUUCACUCAAAAUUUGAAAAAAAAGAAAAAUCAGAAAGAGUAGCAGAACAUUUAAUUUAUAAUAGAGAUUUCACUCAAGGUUUCGAAAAAGCAAUUCAAUUAGCAAAUAAACACUCAAGAACAGGAACUACAGAAAGCCUUGAAAAAGCUAAAACUCUUCUUUCGCUUUGUUUCCAACAAAACAUCGAUGAUAGUUUAUCUGACGUAUUAAAAUCAACAAUACUCAAAGUAAAUUGUAAAAAAGAAACACUCAAAGAAAUUGAAGCAUAUGCCUACUAUAUUCCUCCAACCUAUUAUGAAAAAUACUCCACACAACUAUCAACCAAUUUAAUGACCAAAAUUAAAGAGCUUAAAGUAAACCUCGAUAUUCAAUAUCAUAUCAAGAGUUUCAAGGGUGGUGAGGAAAUAACAGAUAUCGAACGUGAUGUGCUCAUGAUAUUAAAGGGUGACCAUAAUAGUAUAAGAAUGGAAACAAUUUUAGAAUUAGUAGAGGUACUUUUAAAUUAUAACACAACCAAAUGCUUCCAAUUUGCAAUUCAAGUAGUAGAAAUAUUUAAAACAAAGCUUAAUUAUUGUAUGCCAAUCGUUCGUCUACUCUUACACCCAAGUAUAUUUGAAAAGAAAUACCAAUUAGGAGACUCGACCAAUAGUUUGGGUAGUCCACUUUUAAACACUAGUGGCACAAUUGAAAAACCAUCAUCUCUAUCAUCAUCAUCACCAUCCAUCUCAUCUAAUACUCCACCACCAGCAUCACCAUUUAAAAAAGAUCAUAUUAGAAGUGGUUCUGUUUCAAGUGGGGCCAAUAAUAGCAAUAGUAAUAGUAAUACCCCCUCACCAUCAUUGGGAAGAUCUACUCCCAGUGGUGGAGGUCUAAGAGAUUCAUCUGGCUCAGUACCACCACCAAUCGUUUAUGGUAACGGAGAUUUGGAGGAAAUGAAACUUAAUGAAUACUUGACCAAUGCCGAUCAAAUUAUUCAACAACUAUCUUUCAUGAAAGACUUUUUACGACUUUUAAAUAGCCCAACCCCAAUUAAGGAUGCAAGUAUGGGACCAGAUGUAGAUGAUAUUAUCGACUUCUCUUCUAAAAAUAGACUAAACAUCGUUCUUUCAAUGCCAAUCAAUAGAAUUUAUUUAGAAAUACUUCAAUCUUUUCAUAUUUUCGAUCAAUUUUAUAUAAUCCUAUUCAACCUUUUAAAUGCAGUCACCGAAGAAUUCGAAUUUAACCAAUAUUUAAAUGAACGCUAUGAAAUCUUAACUCCAGAGUUUUUAUAUUAUAUUAAAGAAAGUCAAACCAGAGAUAAACUAAAAGUAUACGAUACAGAACGUUAUUCAACUCCACUCUUAACAAUUGUUUCUAUUCUUUAUAAUGUUCAACCACAAGCAAUUCCAUUAGAGCUUUAUGAAACUCUUUUACAAUCAUUACCAGUUUUCAUCGAAGAAAUUGAUAACUCUCUUAUAUCUACUAUACAACAACCCGACCCAUCAAGCCAUCUACCAGGUAAAGCUCAAUCUACCCAGAAGGCUCAAUCAAUAGCAGACUCCAUUAAAAAUAUUACAACCGAAAAACUACCACCUUCAACUCCUGGUUUAAAUAGAAGAUCUGUAGCACUCUCGAAACCAAUAUCUCCACAAUCUAGUUCAUCUAAAAUUUCACCCGAACUAGCUACUCAAUUACAAAACCUUAAUACAGUUUUAAACAAAUAUAUAUACUAA